GAACAUCUUUAUGCAAAAUCAUUGUCAUUAAUAAUUUCUUUAAGGUAAGAUUCCUGGGAAGGGAAUUACAAAUGGUAUGUUAUAAAUAUUUUUAAAGCACUUACUACAUUUUUAAGCACUAAAAAGUCUUUCCUUGCAUUUCUUUAUGUGGUUCAUAACCAGCUCGACUGCAAACUCCACUGGUGUUUAUAAUCUUCUUUUUCUCUCUUCUCUUUUUCGAUAUUGUCACCCCGUAGAAGCUGACUCGAAGUUUCAGUGUUGUCAGUGAGCCUUUGAAAUUCUAAAUCAUGGAGACCAAUCAGGAAACGUCCCUCUUCUUGGUGAAGAUCUUGGAGGAACUGGACAGCAAGCAAAACACGGUGUCCUACCAGGACCUGUGCAAAUCUCUGUGCGCCCGCUUCGAUCUGUCCCAGCUCGCCAAACUGAGAAGCGUGCUCUUCUACACGGCUUGUCUCGAUCCCAAUUUUCCAGCCACGUUAUUCAAAGACAAGAUGAAAUGCACCGUGAAUAACCAGCAAUCAAAGAAAAUCAUGGUGGCUGCAGACAUCGUGACGAUAUUCAACCUGAUCCAAAUGAACGGGGGCGCCGCCAAGGAGAAGCUGCCCACCGGCCGGCAGAAGGGGCGCAAGAAGGAGGCGUCCUUUGACUCGUGCCGCUCGGACACGGAGCUCUGCGGCGCGGCCGAGUGUGAGCCCCUGAACUGUGAGCUGAGCGAGAGGCCUUUCAGCCGGGGCUACCCCGCCAGGCAAUUGUCCAAGUGCCGGAAGAUGGACUGCAAGGACUGCUCGCAGUUCGUCCCCGCCUCCGAGCCCAACUUCUUGCUGGGGGUCAGCAAAGAGGUAAAAACCCGGGCGGCCUCCCUGGACAGGCUGCAGGCUCUGGCCCCAUACUCGGUGGCCAGCCCCCAGCCCUGUGAGAUGCAGAGAACUUACUUCCCCAUGAACAUCGAGAACGAGUCCAUUUCCGAUCAGGACUCCCUGCCCCUCACCCAGGGCAUCAAGGAGACUUUCAUUUCGAAUGAGGAGCCCUUUGUGGUCCAGUCCUGCGUCCAGAAAAGGAACAUCUUCAAAGAGGAUUUUCACAACCUGAUGACUGUGUCUCCCGGGUUGGCUGGCCCCUCUAACAAGGCUGAGGGUGAGCACGGGGAGCCCCAGAGCCGAAAAGAGCCCCACAAGACGCCUUUCUGUAAUCACAGCUUUGAGAUACCCUACAACAGCCAGUACCUGAACCCCAUGUACUCCCCUGUUCCUGACAAAAGGCGGGCAAAGCAUGAAAGCUUAGACGACCUUCAAGCUUCCACGUAUUUUGGACCCACUCCAGUGAUGGGGACCCAGGAGGCCAGGCGCUGUCCGGGGCGGCCCGGCAAGCAGACCCCAUGGCCAGCCAAAAGCUGGAGCCUAAACACCGAAGAAGUCCCUGACUUUGAACGGUCGUUUUUCAAUAGAAAUCCCUCCGAGGAGAAGCUCUGCUAUCCGAAUGCCAGCAGCCAGACCCCCAAUUUCCCAACCCCAGACAGGCGCCCAGCUUACCUCACGCCAAAGGAGCCACAGCCGAUUCUCCCCGUCGGCUAUGCGGCCAAACCAAACGGGCUCAAAUCUAAAGAGAUCUCGUCCCCUGUUGACAUGGAGAAGCAUGAACCGAUCAAGAAGUUUAAAGACAAGAGCAUCAGCUGCAGCGGUGGGCAGCCCAGCUCAGACACCAGCAGCGUGGGCACCCAGACCGAGCAGCACGUGCUGGAGCCGAAGAAAUGCAAAGACCUGUGUGCCUCGGGACAGGGCAAAUACAGCGACAGACACGCCAUGAAGCAGUCAGAUGACGACUCGGAAAUCGUCAGCGAUGACAUCAGUGACAUUUUCCGCUUUCUCGAUGACAUGAGCAUCAGCGGCUCUACGGGAGUGAUACAGUCCUCCUGCUACAACAGCACAGGGUCCUUGUCUCAGCUUCACAAGUCGGACUGUGACAGUUCGCCGGAGCACAACCUAACCAAGAUGGCCAAUGGGCUCCCCAGCAGCAAAGGAGAAAAGGGCAGCCGGCCUGAAAACAGUCACCACUCGGAAGAGGAACUGAAGACCAGCGUGUGCAAACUGGUGCUUAGGAUCGGUGAAAUUGAACGGAAGCUUGAAUCGCUGUCAGGCGUCCGGGAGGAAAUCUCCCAGGUCCUGGGCAAACUCAACAAAUUGGAUCAGAAAAUGCAGCAACCCGAGAAGGUGAGUGUGCAGAUAGACCUGAAUUCCUUGACCAGCGAGGCUCUGUCCGAUGAGAGCACCUCUCCCCAGAUGUUCCGGGCACACAAUGGCCCCCACGGGCCCAAACUGGAGAACACCGCCGACUGGUGCUGCUCGGACGCCAGUGGAAGCAACAGCGAAAGCCUUCGCGUCAAGGCCUUAAAAAAAAGCCUCUUCACCAGGCCAUCCUCCAGGUCUCUGACGGAGGAGAACAGUGCCACAGAAUCCAAAAUCGCCAGCAUCUCCAACUCGCCCAGGGACUGGCGCACCAUCACUUACACCAGCCGCGUGGCCGUCAGUGAGGAGGAGAUCAAAGACAGAGGCCCCGGAGAGACUAAGGACUGGCAUCGCAAGUCAAAAGAGGCUGACAGGCAGUACGACAUCCCCCCGCAGCAUCGACUGCCCAAGCAGCCCAAAGACGGCUUCCUGGUCGAGCAGGUGUUCAGCCCUCACCCCUACCCCACCUCCCUCAAGGCCCACAUGAAGAACAACCCUCUGUACACAGACAUGCGGCUGACGGAGCUGGCCGAGGUGAAGCGGGGCCAGCCUUCCUGGACCAUCGAGGAGUAUGCCCGCAACGCAGGCGACAAGGGCAAGCUGACAGCUCUGGACCUGCAGACACAAGAAUCUUUAAACCCAAACAACUUAGAAUAUUGGAUGGAAGACAUUUAUACUCCAGGCUACGACUCAUUACUGAAACGUAAAGAAGCCGAGUUCAGACGCGCCAAGGUCUGCAAGAUCGCUGCUCUGAUCGCCGCGGCCGCGUGCACGGUCAUCCUCGUCAUUGUCGUCCCCAUCUGCACCAUGAAAUCAUGAGCCCCCGACGCGCUGUUGCAUAUGGCUUCUGACUACCGACGUCUCCCUCUAUAGUUGAAAAUCACGUGGCGGUGUGGCCACAGUUUGUUGAAACGGAGAUGCAAUCAUGGAGGCUUUCCUGCAGAUGCUGCUGACGGUCUUCAGAAAGCAUGCAUUCUAGAUAGAGAGCUACCUACCUAUUAGCUUUGACUUAGUGACACACGGAUGACUUUGAAGAAGUGCAAUAUCUUUUGCUACCAAAAGAAUGUAAUGGACUACCAGUAGGUACCAAUUGAAUUCCAAGCAAAAAAAAAAAAGGACGAUUAAUUGGUUUGGAUUCUUUCCAUUUGGAUGAAAUUUCAUGGCAGGGAAUGUGUUAUAGAGGAGAUAUUUAAUCCAUGCCUCGUGUCAGGGAGCUAAGGGAGACAGCAAGAUGAGAAGAAAAAAGGACAGGUUUUAUUUUCCUUCACGUUCUUAGACCGCUGCAGGCGAGGUAACAGGGUAUGUAUUCAGAAAGGGUGUUACUUCUCUGCUGACUUUUCUCAAGGGCUACCGACUUGUCAUUCGUGCCCUUCUGUCAUCAUUACGCUCUUCACAGCGGAUGGAUCGUCAUGGGAACAUUCUGCACCUUUUCCCUUGUGCCCAGGGUAGGAAGGCCUGAACGGCCAAAUCGGGCCUGGCACAAAGAGUGCUCUCUCUGCUUCACAGGCCAAGGGAUUCAGGUCCGGAGACCUUCCCCUGCCCACCCGACGUGUGGGAGAGCUGCUUGCUAACGAUGUACGAUCACAUGAGAAGAUCGUGGCGUCCCAAAGGGUCUCCCGUCUUGCUCUGGUGUGUGGCUCCGCUCCUUAAGCUUCGAGCUCCCGGCGCUACCAGGUGCCCUGCUUCUCGCACAGGAGCUGGAGAAUUCGGAACUUGUCCUUGUGCCUUGAACAGUAGAGACGAUGGCUAAACUUUGGCAUUCUAACUCUAAACCAUGGUUUCCGCGCACCACUACGAUCAGCCCUUUCCAAUGGCUUUAAAAAAGGUUUUGAAAGCUUGCCCAUAAUAUGAGAAAGGCACUGAGGUGUUCUCAGCUACUCCGACACCUACUCCAGAGUUUUGAAUACUUGUCAGCAGUGCAAAAAAUAUUAUCUAUUUAACCGUUUAUCUAUCUAUGUACAUGUUGAUCUAAAUGCCUAAUUUUGGUCUAUUGUCUUCUCUGUUAAAUAACUCGAGAGCAAGAUUUCUCCAGUGUAAGGCAGCCAUUGUAAUUUCAUUUGAAUUUGAUCUCAGUUUCUGCCUGUUGAAUGGUGCUUUGAUGUCACUGGACAGAAAGAAUCCUUUUCAGCAUUGAUUCAGAUGUCUUGUUACAGGUUAAAGUAAAAUGAUUGCCAGAAUCUAGCUACCUUAAUUCUUCUGAGAACAAGGUGGGAUAUAAAUAAAUGUUGGUAGUAGGAAUAAUCACUCUGGAUGAUGUAAUACAUUCCCGAGAGAGAGGUUUGGGAGGCAUCUCAGAUUUUAAAGCAAUAGGAGUUCAUCCUAUUUAGUUCAUUCUAAAAACUUCCAAAUAAUGCUUCGCUUGCUGUGUCUAAUUCUGUUGUUCACCACGAAGGGUAGUCAGAACAUUUCAUGGUGUUAACAAGUAAGGGAUGGAGGUUUUCAUCUGUGGUGAACCUGCAUUUUUUAGACGUCUUCCUGUUAUCUAUUUCUAUUCUUCUGUUUAGGUACGGAUUUUCAACGAGGUGACUGAAACUUAAGCCUUAGUAUGGAAAACUGAGGAUUUAUAAUUGAAAAUGAAAAAAAAAUAUAUAUAUAUUACUGUCUAUUGUUAGCAUUUUAGUCUUUUGGUGCUCUGUUUUGGGUUGGGCACAUUAAAUAAGGUUGUUUAUCUCACCCCAAAGUGGGUUCUCAAUUAAUACCCACGGGAUUUGGGAGUGGCCGUCCCAGCUCUCCUCCCAACCAAUGUGGCCCUAUAACACAUCCUGGUCCCACUAGUCUCUCCUUUGUCUCAGAUUAAGCCAGGAGAGCAGCAGAGAUGGGUAGUUUCCAACCUCUUGCUCUAAGAUUUGCAGAGAAGUAGCGAUACAGUUACCCAGGAUAAGAAAAAUUCGUCAAAUCCCAAUCGGACUCCUUCAUUGGCCAGGAAGGAUCAUGGUGGAUGGACCAAACUACUAUUGCCACUGCCCUUGGGUGAAUCUAUCCCUGAUGGGCCCUGUCUGGGCCGUGUGCCUCGCCACCUAGGGAGGGUAGGACUAUAAGCCCCACCCCCUGCCGAGAAGUGAGGAGACCGUAGAAGUUUCUUCUACCCUUUUCAUAUCCGGGGAAGUAGUCAAAGAAAUUUAGUCUUGCUCUAAGUCCAGUGUAGCUUUAAAAUUCAACUCAGCAUCAUUGCCACAUAAUGGAAACAUCCAGACCCAGUAAUUCCCCUCGGAGACCACACAGUGAUGGCCCAAAGGCAAGGUGGUUUCCUCUGAAAAGGGUAAGUUAUCCUUUGCCCGGGAGCUGUGUCUGGUGUCAAGUCAUAGACCUUUGUUAUGGCUUGAAGCUGAUGGAUGCUGGGGUCUUGGGAUCUAGAUAAGGUGAAGUUCACAGAUGGAUCCUUUUUCUCCAUUGAUCCCAAGCUUGUUACACCUUCUUUCCCCGGACCCCAGACUCACGCUAGCUCCUCCAUCCCUGUUUUCAGAAUGGGGCAAGACCAGAGUCUGGCUUGGAAGGAAGCAUCCACCCAUCCCUCCAAAAUUUGCCUCUCAUCUCCUGCUGCUGUGAGCUCCCUGCAGGUGACACAGGGACUGGCUUAGCUUCCAUACUGGGGGCCAUUGCUACCACCCUCUCUGGCAUUUUCACAUGAAGUAUAAUUUCUUGUGCCUAAACCUAAAAGUACUACACUAUCAAAAUUCACGUCAUCUCUCUUGCAUUAAAAAAAUGAACAAUCAGAUGUAAUUAAGGGAUUAUUUCGAAAUUAGGACUUUUUAGCCAAGAAUCAAAGUCGGAAUCAUUUCAUCCUCUUUUUUGAGUCUGAAUUUGCUUUGAACACAGCCCUGCAGAAAAGCAAAAAAAUUUCCCAGCUCACGGUUUCCAGGUAUUUUACACCAGUGCCCUCUUCCUUAAACUGCAAAUACCGUAAAGCAAAUCACGCUUGCAUCACCCAUCACUAGUUGAUCAUAAAUUGUUAGUAUUUUAGGGCAUGCUGCUAUGUGAUUGACAUCUGCAAGGCUAGCUUAAUAGAUGUGCUGAAAUCCACAGUUCUGAAUGUGCCGUAAGUUCUGAUACCCUUAUUGGAAUCAAGGCAGUGCUGUUUUUGUUCACAACGUAUCAAUAUAAGAGCAACGGCACCUCAUGUUCCUUAACAGAAAAAGCUCUGCCAAUAGUAUGUGAUUCUGCCAAGUGGUAUAAAAGUUUGUGAAUGUUGAAAUUCAACAUGCUUCAUAUUAUAACUAACCUGCAAGAAUAUUGUGGUCAAUUGUGUGAAUACCAAAUCAGUAUACACUGUAUAGCGUGCUACGGAAAUUUGUAUUUAAAGGCAAAUGUACUAGUAAUCGUUGGUAUAAUGGGGGAAGAGGGUAUUAGAUAUUUAUUAAGUAGCAAUGAGAAAUGCAACAAGUUUCCUUAUUUAUGCCUUAUGAAUAAAAGGGUGUGAAAUAUAAGGUGAAGUUUUACGCGUGAGACUCUGAAGGAAGGGGUAUCCUUGAAGGCAGGGACUUGUCUUUUCUAUGUUCGUUCCGUAAAGCUCUCAGCACACUCCUGGUGCUUGAUCAAUGUUAUAUAAUACCGGUAACUAAGCACAUUUUUAGACCUUUUUUCAAAUGGCUUGUGUAAAAUUUGGUUAAUGUAUAAUGGUUGGUUUGAAGCUCUCAUAUGAAAUCUGCCUCUCCAAAUAUAAUCAAAAAUAAACUGAAAAAUUAUAAAG